AUGGAAAACCCAGGGACUUCAAGUAGGUUAAUCUCAGCGUAUCAGCCCAAACCAGCAGCCCUGUCACCUCUAGCCAGUAAAGCUCUAGAAAGAGCCGACCACGUGGGCACUUAUGGCACAAAUGUUUACCAGACGUAUGGCGCCUCUGGCCAGUUCACAUAUGAAUUUGAUGGAGAUGAGCUGUUCUAUGUGGACCUGAAAACGAGGGAAACUGUGUGGCGGCUGCCUGAGUUUAGCAAUUUCACCAAGUUUGAAACUCAGAAUGCCCUGCAAAACAUUGUUGUGGCAAAAAGAAAUUUGGACACCUUGAUAAAAGAUUCCAACUUCACACCUGCCACCAAUGAAAUUCCUGAAGUGGCUGUGUUUCCCAAAUCUCCCGUGACCUCGGGUAUUCCCAACACCCUCAUCUGUCUGGUGGACAACAUCUUCCCUCCUGUGAUCAACAUCACUUGGUUAUACAAUGGACACCCCGUUGCCGAAGGCGUUGCUGAGACAACCUUCUACCCCAAGAGUGACCACUCUUUCCUCAAGCUCAGUUACCUCACUUUCCUUCCCUCGGCUGAGGAUUUCUAUGACUGCAGGGUGGCGCACUGGGGCCUGGAAGAGCCGCUCCUCAAGCACUGGGGUACGCCCUCAUCCCUUCAUUGUCCGUACACCCUCAGUUCUGUUCCACGUCACAUGGUCUUGUCUUAG